AUGCCGGUGACGGUGACGCGCACGACCAUCACCACCACCACGUCGUCCUCCUCCGGCCUGGGCUCCCCCACCAUCGUGGGGUCCCCCCGGGCGCUCACGCAGCCCCUGGGCCUCCUCCGUCUACUGCAGCUGCUGUCCACCUGUGUGGCCUUCUCGCUGGUGGCCAGUGUAGGAGCCUGGGUGGGGACCAUGGGCGACUGGUCCAUGUUCACCUGGUGUUUCUGCUUCGCCGUGACCCUGAUCAUUCUCAUCGUGGAGGUGUGCGGGCUCCAGCCCCGCUUCCCGCUGUCCUGGCGCAACUUCCCCAUCACCUACGCCUGCUACGCCGCCCUCUUCUGCCUGUCCACGUCCAUCAUCUACCCCACCACGUACGUCCAGUUCUUGCCCCAUGGCCGCGUCCGGGACCAUGCCAUCGCCGCCACCGUCUUUUCCUGUGUAGCCUUUGUGGCUUACGCCACCGAAGUGGCCUGGACCCGGGCCCGGCCCGGCGAGAUCACCGGGUACAUGGCCACCGUGCCAGGCCUCCUCAAGGUGCUGGAGACCUUUGUGGCCUGCGUCAUCUUCGCCUUCCUCAGUAACCCGGGCCUGUACCAGCACCGGGCGCCGCUGGAGUGGUGCGUGGCCGUGUAUGCCAUCUGCUUCAUCCUGGCGGCCGUGGCCAUCCUCCUGAACCUGGGCGACUGCACCAACGCGCUGCCCAUCCCCUUCCCCAGCUUCCUCUCGGGCCUGGCGUUGCUGUCCGUCCUGCUCUACGCCACGGCCCUCGUCAUCUGGCCCCUCUACCAGUUUGACGAACGCUACGGCGGCCAGCCGCAGCGGUCCCGGGAUUCCUCCUGCAGCUACUCACACGUCCACCGCAUCUGCCCCUGGGACCGCCGCCUAGCCGUGGCCAUCUUGACCGCCGUCAACCUGCUGGCCUACGUGGCCGACCUGGUGUACUCUGCCCGCCUGGUCUUCGUCAGGGUCUGA